ACUCUCUGAGGAUGCUUGGGAGGGGUUGAGCCGUGCCGAAAAGGCUUGCCAUUGGAGGAGUCACUUCUUAGAAACUGAUAAAUACACCGGCUGCCAGGAAGUCCCAGCACACUCUGUAAGGAGUGUCUUUGACAGGAGAACCUGAAGAGCAAGGAAUAAUCAGCCUAACGAAGUUCACACUCAUCAGCAAGUCCCUGCAGUGGUGUCGGUUGGAGUUAUGACCACCCUGAUGGGAUCCUACAGCUGGACAGAGAGCCUGGACUGCUCCCCCAUGGAUGGAGACCUCUCGGAUGGGCUGUCCCCGCACAGGUCUCCCCGAGAAAAGGGAUCCGAGACCCGCAUCCGGAGACCCAUGAACGCCUUUAUGGUGUGGGCUAAGGACGAGAGGAAAAGGCUAGCCGUGCAGAAUCCAGACCUGCACAAUGCGGAGCUCAGCAAGAUGCUCGGAAAAACCUGGAAAGCCCUCUCUCCAGCCCAGAAGAGGCCCUAUGUAGAAGAGGCGGAGAGACUGAGGGUCCAGCAUAUGCAAGAUUAUCCCAACUACAAGUACCGGCCAAGGAGAAAGAAGCAAAUUAAGAGGAUCUGUAAACGGGUAGACACCGGUUUUCUGCUCGGCAGCCUAUCGAGGGAUCAGAAUUCAGUACCAGACACAAGAGGGUGCAGGACGGCCAUGGAGAAAGAGGAGAACGGUGGGUACCCUGGAGCUGCUCUGCCAGACAUAAGACAUUACAGAGAGACUCCGAGCAAUGGAAACAAACAUGACCAAACAUACCCCUAUGGGUUGCCAACUCCACCAGAGAUGUCCCCGCUGGAAGCAAUUGACCAAGAUCAGAGUUUUUAUUCAACCUCAUGCCCUGAAGAUUGCCACUCCCAUAUCAAUGUAGCUGUCUACCCAACUGAAUACAGCAGAAGCCCCAUCCUCUGCAGCCACCUUAACCCGGUGCCCAUUUCCCAAACUGGGUCACCAAUGAUUCCACCAGUACCCAACUGCCCCCCAGCCUACUACAGCUCGAGCUAUCAUUCUAUACAGAACAACUAUCAUGCCCACGUCGGCCAGCUCUCCCCUCCUCCUGAGCACCCCCAUUAUGAAACCAUUGACCAGAUAAGUCAAGCAGAACUACUUGGUGACAUGGACAGAAAUGAAUUUGACCAAUAUUUAAAUACCUCACUACAAGAUCGCAUUGAAAUGACAAUUCAUGGACAUGUUCAGGUGUCACAGGCUUCUGAUAUACAGCCCUCAGAAUCCAGUCUCAUCUCUGUCCUAGCAGAUGCAACAGCCACGUACUACAACAGUUAUAGUGUUUCUUAGGACCCCGAGAAGACUGGGUCUGGGACAGAGCAAGCAGUAUUAUUAUGGAAUGAAUCCCAUACUAAGCGAAGGACUGCACUUCCUCAGGGUUACCAAAUCAGACUGAUACUAAUUCAGGCUUCUCAUUGGGCAGGGGUUGGGGGUGGAAUCUUUCUUCAAAAAAUACUAAACUGAUCUGGUUCAAGUCCGUGGUUACAUAUAGUAAAGGAAAAUCCUGUAUAUAAAGGUAAUUGUGUGCUUAUACCUGGAAACAAUAUUACUAUUUAAUCAUAAAAUGGUUUGUACUAAGAGUCGUUUUGAUUACCAUUUUGUACAUCUCCGCUUUUUUUCAUAUUCAUGUUUUUUUGGUAAGGACUAUAAAUGGUGGACACUUGAAUUAAAAAUCAUUCCUAAACCCCAUACAUAAAUUCUAGGAUAUUAUAGCACACUUUUCACUGUCUGUUUACACACUAAUAUGCAUUCACUUUUUGUUUUACUACAGAACCCUGGUAUUGUAACAAAGGGUCUCAUUCGCUCUUUUCCUUUUUUUUUUUAUCUUAAGGAAUGGACUGGUUUUGUUAGAAUAUGUGGGACAAUUUAAAAAAUAUUGUUACUGUCUGCCGUUUUGGUUAUGUUGUAUUCAAAAUUAGUGGAGAUGGUUUGCAGUCCUGGGAAUGUAUUAGUAAUAUUAAUAGUCAUAAUUCUGUAAAACUACCAGAAUAUCUACAUUUUACUUGCAUUUGAUGUACAUAUGAGUUUCCCUAAGUAUUUAAUUUAAAUAAAUACUGGAUUGUUUUUAUAUAGUAAA